AUGGUUUUUUUACGACUGGAGACCAGGAUCUUCCCCAGGGAACAGGUAUCGUCCAGUCCUAGUAUUUUCCGCAGUCUCAUUGGAAGUAAUGGUGAGCGCGGUCGCGAAGACGCCUCCUCGGCGAAGAAAUAUGUUUCUUUCCUGCUAGCGCUGGAGAAACCGGAGGAUGUGAAGCUCGGUGACCUAGCCUCCAUGAUCUUAGAUGAGUGGAGAAUGCUCCGGCCUGACCAGGAACCUCUCGCGAUCAAGAAACUACUCGACGAUGCGAAUCCUUCCGUUGAUCUAAAUGCUGGAAUGACCGUCGCCGAUGUAUUCGUGGACCGAGGCAAAGCCCGCGCGGAUGGUUAUGAUCAGAGAGCUGUCGUCCGUGUGAUCCAAAGACCUUCAGAGCACUAUUCUCAACGAUUUGGCUCCGUGGAGCAGGACUGGGAAAGUGCGGUACAUGAAUCUAGGCGAAGACGGUCCCAAGCUAAGAAGGAAGCUACCGCCAAGCGGUUCUCCCCCAUUGAGGAAGAAGAUGGUGGCAUGGAGGAUGCUCCUAUGGAGGAUACACCGUUCGAGCACCGGCAUCGCGACUUUCCCCUUUCCUCCGUCGAAACCCACGAGCAUAUGCCGCCAUCGCAUCAGGAACAGCCUUCGGAUGCUGCGAUUCCUGGAACUCCUCCUUCUAAUCGCCUAGGAAGCGAAGAGCUCGGAGGUGACUCUCCGAGUCCACAGCAGCACAGAAACGAAUCGCGCCGUGAUAACUUGUCCCUUAAGCGCAAACAAAGCCCAGAGCGGGAUGUGCCUGCGAAGCAGCCACGGCUGGAAGAAAAAGCUACAGCAAAUCAACCGACGACCGAACCUACAGCCGAGACAAGGACCACGUCGACCCCGAGUCCAGCUCGAAGACGCAAUAUCCCAGCGUUUGCUAGCCCUCAGCAUCGGAGACCCAGCGCCUCUGAGAACCCCCCCAGUCCCUCGAAACAGGGUCUUGGGCUGGGCAUCACUAAGAGCCCUGCCGCGGAGAGACACGCGAUGCUCGAUCUUAAGUCCAGUCAGAGCUCUGUUGCUGGCCCAUUGUUCCCUAGUAAUGCACCGCCUCCGACUGUGAACCGUGGAUAUGGCCUGGAAAAGUCCCAAUCUUUACAGUCCGCCAUGCGCAAGAAUACUCCUAUUGACAAAUCGGAUCGACGUCGAUCUGUUUCUUUUGCCGAAGCGAACGACAUUACCACGAACAAUGACUCGGAAGCCACUCCUCAAAAUGCUUCCCAGCUGGCUAAAGUGUCUCAGGAUACCCCAAUGUCCAAUUCUGGCACACCUUCGAGCAGUCAGAUCGUGUAUCCGUCCACAUUCUCCGCGGAAAAGAUCCAAAGGAUGAAGGAGGAUGCGGAGAGGAAGUUUGGGCGGUCCAAGGAACGUGCGGGACAAAAGAUUGGAAAGCAAGAUGAAAAAGCCAGCACGAGCCAGAAGGACAAGGCGAGGAAACAAGAAGAAGAUAGGGCUCGAAGGGAGCAAGAAAACGCUCACAAAGAGGAAGAGGAGAAGGCCAAGAUACAGGCUGAAAAGAAAAGAAAGGAGGAGGAAGAGAAAGCCAGAAGAGAGGAAGAGAGUACGAGAAAGCAGGAAGAAGCCACGGUUGAACAGGAGGCAAGCGAUCGACGGCUGGCCAGCCGCGACCAGAAAGACGCAGAAGAAGCCCAGUUGAUCCGGGAUAAAUUACACGAUCUCGAUACCGACUCGCGAACCAUGGAAUUUUGGGCCAAAAUGCUGGAGAUCUACAACGCGAUCGAGAUUGCAAAGGCUGCUGGCAAACCUCGAGAAGUACGGAAUCUCCGGAAAAGAAUCCCACGCCUGCGGAACAAGAUUAAGCAGUUUGAGAAUUCAAGCCCCCGUCCGCCCGAUCCUCCCUUGCCCCGAUCAGCAUCCAAAGUGAAGCGGUCGAUUCCGACCACGGCGCCUGCCGCAUCCCAAGGCGUCAACACGAGCCCGUCUUGGUCAUUUGGCAAGUCGAACUCCAAUCGUCGACCGAGUGCCACAUCCAACCAGUCAUCGGGGUCGCAGGAUGACCGGUCGCCUUCUUCCGGCAAAAAGGUCGUUGACACUACCGAGCCUAAAGAGACACAUUUGCCUAAUCCCUCGGCUCCAAGCUCUCAGCCUUCUCGUUCACUUGGUUCCCCUGGGCUUCUACCGUCCGUGGUGAUUCAGUCGCCGCGAAAGCGAUCGGAGGGAGCCACUGCCGUCGCAUCCACCGAUGACGAGGACUAUGAGGAUGCCAGCCACAGCAUAGGCGAAGAUGACAAGCAAGACACAGAAGAAAAGCAACAAGAGGCUCGGGACCAGCGGAAGGCUGAUAUGCAGCUAAAUGCCUCUGCAGAAGAGUCUGCAGAAGAUUCCGCGGAAGAAUCUGGGGCAGAGCCGUCUGCAGACCCCGCCAAACAGUUCAUAGAUGAAGAAGCGGAGUCUGAAGACCAGGAAAGUGAAGAAAGCGAGGACGACUCUGACUCCGUUGACUCUGACUCUGAAUCUGACUCUGACUCUGAAUCUGACUCUGACUCUGACUGUGAUGACUCCGAUGACAAGCCCGAUUUCAACUUCUCCCACGGUCAAUCCUCAACCCCGGCCAAACGUACUCCGAUCAAGACUGCCGGUCAAUCUUCACCGCAGCCACCAUCUUCCCAGUACAACGCGUCUCGUCCCACUUUGAAAGGACUGAUUCUGUCCCAAAAAGCAGAGCAGACAGAGCGACAAUCCCGAUCACAACCUCCCUCGGCGUCCACUAAUCCUCCAGAACGCCGAGAUAUUUUCAGUCCACCUUCCUCCAGCGCCUCUGGCUCCGACAACUCGAGCAGUGAUAGCGACGACUCCGACGACGACUCCGACGACGACUCCAGCAACCAGGGCGACAUCCUGUUCGAUGGGAACUCUGACAAAAUGCGCAAGCCCUACGCUACUAGAUAA